AUGUUAAGAUACGUUAAUGGAGAUAAGCAGUACCAAUCACAUGAUCUUACCGUGGACGUGGGACCUGGGCACGUUUACAGCAAGACUGGUCAGCUGAGAUUUCGCGCGUGGACAAACAAGGGCAAGAUAAUCAGGUUAAAGAGCUUUGUCACUAAUAUAAAACAAUACUUUAAAUUCAAUACCAUGCAGUGCACUAAAAUGUAAUGUACGAUACACUAGAAAUCUGUACAAUAAAGUAUCAUGCGCAAUCGUUUAUUUACAGCCCACGUGCUACAAUAAUUAUAACAUAGGCGCGUUUAACGUGCUUGAGCUAAUUUGAAUGCUUCAGUGUAAUCGUAUCAAAAAUCUACUGUUUGAAGACUAAGACUAUGUUUUGAGCGAAAUUGGGUAUUGCUGUACAUUAAUGAAAACGCGAACCGCUGCGCAAAGCAGAGUCGAUCCUCAUACUACAGAUUCACUUUUCUUUGUCUUUCCUUGCAAUAAACAAGUUGUUAAAGUCCUAUGAAUAUCAACUCACCAAACGUUGCUUAGAGGGAAGACUCGAAGGUUUCAAGGUUUCUUCAUGGUUUCUUAAGAUAAUGCAGUUCCUCGAAUACCGAAUAGCUAAGAAAUGGGUUUUGGAAUCUGGAAUACAGCUCAAGGAAUCCGGAAUCCCAUUUACGAUUGGAAUCCAGAAUCCAACUUUCACUCACAAAGUCCGGAAUCCAGUACCAGGAAUCCGGAAUCGACAGCUUGGAAUCCAAAAUCCAAAACUGUCUUGGAUUCUCUUACAUGGGGCAAAAAAUUAACCACAUGGGUUUUUCUCAUUCUUUGUUGAAUUGUUGGUUGGCGAUGCCAUCGUGACCUGAAUAAUGUAACUUCAGUCAAUAAGCACUAAGACUGCAAACUGAUGGUUAGAACUGCUUGUGUCUGAACGAAUAUUGCUAUAUUUCAGUUUUUUCCAAUUACAGACCGCAUUCGUAUACCUCCAUUCUUUUGACUCCAUCUUAUCGAGUUACCGAGCGAGAAACGGUUCAAGGUGUCGCCAAAGCGGCUGUAAGAGAUUUUGCCAGGCUUGUCCAGGAAGGCGUCUGUAAAGAGGGUCAAAUACUUCUUCUGAUGGCUGACGGAACACACAAAAAUAAAUCCAACACAAGUAUGACAGGACCUUGGUUUCUUGAUUACGAGAAUGAAGAAGAAAUCGCGGUACUACUGAAAAGGUAUGGCCAAAGCCUAGAGCGGAAAGGCUUUCUUAUUUUAUCUUGGUAGGGACGUGCCACCUGAGGCGACGAUGACAUCGAUGUGUUUGAUGUCAAACGCCUGUUUUACUUUCCCUCCUCAUCGCGCUAGAACUCAAAGAGUAAGUAUUUCCCAGAAAUUUAUGUACUAAACUAACAGUAAUCAGGAAUUAGUAAGUGCGUUCGAAUGUUUUAUCUUUGCAAUUGCGGCUGCAGACGAUGUUACCAAGGUGGAGAUUUUUGUAUGAUUCAGUGAACUUUGGGGACGAAUUUAAUCAGGGAGGUAGAUUUGGUAGAUUUCGUAGAUUUUCCGUAUACCGAAGUAUCGUGCACCAAUCUUUGUAUUAGGGCUUUGGGCUAUGUCGCUUGAGACGAUAUCAUGCCAUCCCAGGAACUUAUGACAUAAAAUUCUCACUUAUAAAGAAGUAAGGAAAUACAACAUUUACGUGAACUAAUUCUAACUUAGGUCCAACUAAAGUUACUUUACGGCCUGUAAAACCGGGGCCUUGUACCUCUGUAAAUUCGUAUACGUAAGCGUAUAUCAGCAACAUUCUGAGCUGGUGGCGGGCUUAAAGCUGGAAAUUGCCCUAGGACGCCCCUGAAAACCUUGCAAACUUUGACAAGUUUUCAAAAAACCUCUUAUUUAGUUGAAAGCUGACUUUUUCCUAAGAUUAACGUUUUCUUUCAUUAUUUUGUUACUCCACUUGUAGAUGUAAGAUGGCCUUUGCAACUUUGGUUACCGAGGACAGCGACAUUUUUACUACGUGUCCCGGAAAGACAGACGUCCGAGGGAAAGGAUCGCAGUUUGAGGCAGCUUUUAAUUUUAUUCGCCAUUAUGCUAUUCCGGACGACGGCAAAGACAACACUCACAUUGUUUGCAUUGAUUCUGAUUUGAAAGGUUAGAUAAAUUAACAAAACGUGAAGACUAAAAGAAGAAGCUUUGCGUCACUCGAAAAGACCAUUACAUCGGGGGGAGAGGGGGGAAUGAGUACUGGGGCUGAGCAAAUUCAUGAAUACCCUUGGGUACAAGAGGUUUUUGCUCGCGUGCGGCGGAGAUGUUUCGAAGUCGGCCGUAGGCCGACACUUCUUAGCCAUCAGCGGCGAAGCGAUUUCACGUUAAGUUGAUUGUGCACCGUCAAGUUCACAAAAGCAAAGGAGCUUUUUGCGCGGGUAAAGACCUUGACAGAAACUGGAAACCAAGCCUGAAAAGCCUCUGCAACCCAGGAUUUUUAUGAACCAAAAAGUUCAAAUUCAGCAAAACAAAGUUGAGAAUCUUAAAGCUGCCAGGAGGCAAACCAGUUGACCAUUUACAUGUGAAACUAAGGAGAUGAACUGUCGGACUACUUAAUAGAGCUCUAGCUAGCGGAUAGCACUGAACUCCGUCGCCAGUUUUGUUAUCAUUCUGUUCUGUCUGCUCGGUAACGAUGCUUAACUUCCUGCUUCCAUUUUCAGCGAUAUUUUAAGCAUCUUUUAUAUCCUCAGUGGUUGUUUUAGGUUUCCUAGCUACUGAAGCUUUUUUUUUUUGUAUUUUCACAGGUACAGAUGGUUUUGUUUAUCGUAUGUUUCUUGGAUUGAAUAAGGGCUAUUCUUACCUUGCUCCAUUUUACUGGCGACAUAAGUACGAAGGCAGGGUCACGAACCAUCUCAUGUUUCCUCUUUAUUCAUCCAUAACCCGUUCUGCCCUCCGCCAACCAAUUGGCGGAGAAUUUGCAUUCAAUGGAACCAUGCUCGUUCGGUUCACCAACCCUGAGAGCUGGACCAAAAGUUGGAGAGAUUUUGGUAUCGACGCAGCGAUGAGUGUCAUUGCAGCAAGAAGUGGGGAUUCCAUAGGGCAGCUUCAUCUUCCAAGGAAGAUUAAUUACGUUGGAGACGACGCUAGGAGGCAAAUCGGUGACAUGUUUGUCCAGGAAGGAAGAAGUCUCUUCAAUGGCUUGAUAGACAUGUUGGAUUCGACCCCUUCCUGGGGAGAAAGCGAAGUUACAAUUGCGCCCGUUGUUGAGACAGAAGCCGUUCAUAAUACCAACCUGAAAGUUGAUCUGUCGGAGAAUGCUGAGAUUAUCGCUGCUCUUCACUCAUUUUUGACACUAUACAUGAGCCCUGCCUUUCAGCAGAACAAUGAGACGAUCUUAGGUGAAUGUUUAUCUGAUCGUAUCAAAGCGACCUUUGAAGAAUUUAAGGGUAAUGGUCUGUGUAAUGUGCUGGCGUGGAACAGACCGAAACAAAUGCCUCGGGACGAACAAGCCAAGGUCAUCGAUCAGUUGCAGAGUAUAAAAAGCAAAUUUUUCCUCAACUCUAAUGAAUGGUCUCAAAUACUAUUCAGAUGUUUCAAGGAGUUCCAAGUCAAACGAAGUGACAACGAGCUGCAAGCUUCCCAGACCGUAAUCCGAGGGGUGCUUUUGUGCGUGUUUUACUUGAGGGUGCUAAGCUUUAACAUUGAGACGUCAGGUCUACCAACCUAUCCUGAUGCCGAGGAACUAGUCAUGCAACAAAUGAAAGUGUUUUCGCGUACCGC